CAUGUACGCCGUCAUGGCCGCCCUGUUCGUCGCGUCGGCGGCGCCAGUGCAGGUCCACGGCGGUGCGGGCGUGACGGUGCCGUGCGCCGUGCUGUGCAGCAGGCUGCAGCUGCUGAGUCGUCGCGUGGACCGGAUCUGCGGCCCGGUCUUCCCCCUCAUCCUGCUCGUGUCGCUCGUCAUGCCCAUGGUGAGCCUGGCGGCCGGCAUGUUGCGAGAAGGCGAAGUGACCAGCAACACGUACUCGACCAUGCCGCUGAUGUUUGUCAUCUUCGUGCCUCUGUGUAUGGAGGGGCAAAACUUGGAAAACUGCAGCACGGCGGUGUCGUGGCGCUGCUACGAGGGCCCCUGGCUGUCGGAGACCGUGUCGCAGCGCCGGUGCCGCAUCAUGGUGAUGCAGAUGACGUCCGUGGCGACCUCCGCGCGCGUGCACCGCCUCACCACGCUCAACCGCGCCCACUGCCUCGAGGCCUUCCGCAAGUGGUUCAGCUACUUCCAGAUGCUGCUCAACCUCAGCCAGCGCCCUGUUGCAACGUGAUUGUAAGAUUCAGUCAGCCGUCAGAAAGUUCUUUUUCAUGUUGGCUAUUCUGUGAC